AUCAUGUGACUCGGUGUAGCUGGCAGUGUGAACAGCUAUGCCAAAAUAGUCGGAGCUCUGACAGGAAGGUUCAGAUCCCAGAGGAUUCUCCGAUAUGCAGAACGUGAUCAACACGGUGAAGGGCACGGCCCUCGGGGUGGCCGAGUUAUUCACCCCGGUAUUAAAGGAAUCGAGAUUCAAAGAGACGGGAGUCCUCACGCCGGAGGAGUUUGUAGCAGCUGGAGAUCACCUGGUUCAUCACUGCCCCACAUGGAAAUGGGCCACUGGAGAAGAAGCAAAGGUGAAGCCAUAUCUGCCACAGGACAAACAGUUUCUCCUGACACGCAAUGUGCCCUGUUACAAGCGCUGUAAGCAGAUGGAGUAUUCAGAUGAGCUGGAGGCCAUCAUCGAGGAGGACGAUGGAGACGGGGGCUGGGUGGACACCUACCACAACACAGGUGUGUUAGGAGUCACAGAUGCUGUGCAGGAAAUCUCACUGGACAACAACAAGGAUAAGAACAUGAAUGCCCCGUCUGCAGCAUGCUGUGAUGAUGAGGAUGAUGAAGACGGAGAAGCGGCAGAUAUGGAAGAAUAUGAAGAAAGCGGGCUGUUGGAAACAGACGAGGCAACCCUGGACACCAGCAAAAUAGCAGAAACUAAAACCAAAGCAGAACCUGGCAGCGAAGACGCCAUUCUUCAGACGAGAACAUAUGACCUGUACAUCACAUACGAUAAAUACUACCAGACCCCUCGACUCUGGCUCUUUGGAUAUGAUGAAGACAGGCAGCCGCUCACUGUAGAGCAGAUGUACGAGGACAUCAGUCAGGACCACGUGAAGAAGACGGUCACCAUCGAGAACCACCCCCACCUUCCUCCACCUGCCAUGUGCUCGGUUCACCCCUGCAGGCAUGCUGAAGUGAUGAAAAAGAUCAUUGAGACUGUGGCAGAAGGAGGAGGAGAGCUGGGAGUGCAUAUGUAUCUUCUGAUUUUCCUCAAGUUUGUGCAGGCCGUCAUUCCCACGAUAGAAUACGACUACACGAGACAUUUUACCAUGUAGGUGCCUCUGCUGCAACACCACGUGCACACGGGAAAUACCAGAGAUGGUCUCCGCUCUCAAUACAACUGGUCUGCUGAAUGUUUGUGCUACUCUAAGAUGCUUUGUGUGGAAGUGUCAAGGAUAUGAAACGCUGUCUCUUAAAAGAACGGGCUGACGUAUUAGGACACGUGCUUGUUUUCUGCUGAACCCAGAGAAACCCGAUCAGCAUCAGUUUGAUCUGUGUGUAUGCAGCACAGAGUAGGAUGCUGUCAUGCAAACGGCACAGCUACCCUGCUCUGUUGCAUAAAUUCAGAUGCGUUGUGUGUAGUUCUGUCUCUGUGAUAAGCUGGCUAAACACAUCAGAGGUGAGGUCUAACCCUCGGUAACCAAGGUCCUCAUCACCCAAGAGUGAAGCUUAUUGAUGGUUAGUGUGAUUAGGAGUGUUUAAACAGAAGCUAAGCAAUGUCCUGCUGCAGGGAAGGAUUGAUGUGUGCUGCUUUAGUUCCCAGUCUGACACUCAUUCAUGUGUUGGUGUAAGAUCAGGUUUGCUCCUCCCACAGCACUGCGCUGCUUAGCCCCGACCUUAGAGAAACUAAACGAAUCCUCCUCUUCAUCAUGGAGGCGAUCCUGCAGUUAGGAACUUAAAACUGUCACAUUCAAGCUUGAAAUCACUGCUGCUUGGUGCGAGUUUGUGGUAGACGAUUCCAUCAGUCCAGCACUCACUCUGCUCUCUGGCUGCACCAGCCUGUGGAAACAACUCUGUGUUUAGCAGCUUCGGCUGCAUCCACUCGUGCUCAUGUCUGCCCACUUGUGUCUCAGCUCAGUGGGUGCUGAGACACAGGAAAACUGAAGCAGGAGCCCAACAACUUCUGGAUGGCUACAAAUAAUAAAGCAGCCUUGUCUCGACGGCGGCGUCGAGGGAAGCUCGUGGAGCACGGAUGUUUCCCGUCAGCUGUCCUCGCUUCCAUCCCAACGCUCUCUGCGGGAAUCGAGGCUGAACCUCAGUUUGUUGAGAAUGUGCUGAUCCCGUUUCUGUGUCGGUCUUCAGUUGUGAGCAGGUUUCUAAUUGAUGCUUCAGAGGAUUUGUUGUCAGAUGUAACUCUGUGUCUAAUGUAUUACUGACCUUUGAAGAGGUUUGCUGUGACCUCUGCAGAGCAGCCUCACUGAUGCAGUUUAACUACACGUCCAUGUUUCCUGUAACCUGUCAUGUUUGGCUCAUUACAGUGGCAGCACUCAUCCAUACAAAGCAUCUGCUUCAGUAAUCCACAGCUUGCUUCCUCGUGUGUUGGUUGAUCAAAUAUUCUCUUUGUAUCUGUGCCUGUUGGUCCAGUCUUCUAAUUUAAGUUGCUUGGUGGUGAGGCUUCACCGUUUCAGAAAGAUGUACAUUUAUCAAUAAAGAGUUUCCCAAAUAUUGCAAGAAAAA